CUGUUCACGCUGCUGCUGGCCAUGAAGGUGGACAUGCAGGCUGGCCGCAUCAGCCACGCGGAGUUCAUGACCUUCAUCAAAGGUGGUGCCUCGCUGGAUCUGAAGACCGUGCAGCCUAAACCGUGCCGCUGGAUCCUCGACAUCACCUGGCUCAACUUGGUGGAGCUGUCCAAGCUGGAGCCGUUCGAGGAGCUUCUGCUGCAGGUGACACGGAACGAGAAGGAGUGGCGCGCCUGGUUCGACAAGGCGCGCCCGGAGCAGGAGCGCAUCCCCAACGGCUACUCGGACGGCCUUGGACCCCUUCCGAAAGCUGCUGCUGAUCCGCUCGUGGUGCCCGGACCGCACCCUCUCCCAAGCCAAGUCAUAUUUCGCCGCGGCGCUCGGUGACCGGUUCUCAGAGGAGGUGGUGCUGGACCUGGACGCCACCUGGUCCGAGUCGGAGC